GGUAAAGUUAGGGGUGGCAUUGCUCGAAGAGGGUGUGGCAACGUUGUACACGCCCCUAAGAGCGAACCCUACGAGCGUUUAUUCGGGAUGCCUAUUUCCACAUAGACAAUCUAACCAAACGUUCGUCGGUGCUCCCAAAAAACGACGUGCUUUAAAAAAGUGAAGUGCACAUGUGGACAUGAGUUCCCCGGUACGCGAUAUCGACGUUAACGUGGUCUCGUCUCCGGAGUCCUGUUCCCGGAACGACUCGCCAGAACCGGAAUACCGGCACUCGAACAUUACGUGUUUUCCGGUAAUAAAAACCAACAGUGACGAUGAAAAGGAGAAAGACUUAAAAUCGACAGCGCCCAAGAGCUCUGGAGCUUCCACGAACUUCUCCAUCUCCAGUAUUUUGUCCAGGAGUGAACCGACGGCAAAGAAAAACGGUUUUACCUCCACGCAAAAUGUGCUGGAAAACUCUCAAGCCGACAACGCUGUACUAUCAAGGUUAGGUCUUAUGUCACAUUUUGGAGCCCUAGCGGCAGCCAGCAGUCGAUAUGCAGCCCUAUGUGGGGGCGCUUCUGAUCCCAGGACAUUGCCAUGGUAUUGGGGAAGGAUACCAUCACAAAUUCCACAGGAUAAACCCAGCCCAAAUGGUGGCUCAACAAACGACGACCAAUCACCACCAACAUCGCCGCGCGAUCACCACCAUCAAACCACCAACGCGGAAACGUCAAGGUCGCGACCCUCGUCGCCGUUAGAUCACCACAGAUCGCCCGCAUCAUCACCAAAUCACCACGUGUUGAACUCGUCGCAUCCAGCGUUCCUUGAUCAGAGUUACAUCAGGUCGAAGAGCCCGUACAGAGAGGGCGAGAACAUGGUGAUAGACGAGGAGAUCGACGACGACGAGAGCGAUUACGACGGCGACAAGGACAAGAUGAAGGGGGGGUCGAGUUUGAGCCCCGGCGGGUCGCUAGCGAACAAGAGGAAAAAGAAAACGCGCACCGUGUUUUCGAGAUCCCAAGUGUUCCAGCUGGAGUCCACGUUCGACAUGAAGCGGUACCUGUCGUCUUCGGAGAGAGCGGGUCUGGCCGCCAGCCUUCACCUAACCGAAACGCAGGUGAAAAUAUGGUUCCAGAACCGCCGCAACAAGUGGAAGCGGCAGCUGGCGGCGGAGCUGGAAGCGGCCAAUAUGGCGCACGCCGCGCAGAGGCUGGUGCGCGUGCCGAUCCUCUACCACGAGUCCAACUCGCAAAUACGCCAUCCGUUCGAGCAGAACCACCCGCUAACUUUGCACCACCCGGAUGCUUCCAGUGCAGUGCCCGUGAGUUCCGCCGGUUAUCCGAGUUCCCUGUACUACCAUCAUCAAGCCGCCGUGGCGGCCGCGGUUCACAAUUUACCGAGCAGUCCGGUUAACCGACCGCCCAUGUCCGGUCUGGUGUGAGACUUGGUGUAAGGGGUAGUGCAAAGGUUUGUUUAAAGGUGUUCAUUCGACAUGGUUUAAAUAUGAGGUCAAUACUAAACUUCGCAUCGGUUAAGUGAGUAGUGGUGCCCAUUAAAGUCUCGCAUGGUCUUUAUAUGAUAAAAACUGGUAACGAGUCGUCAAUUUGUACUGGACUGGAACAGGAUUAAAGCUCAUUCACAUCCACUUAAUACGCGUAACUUAACUUAACGUACGUGAUAGACGUAAGUUGAAAUACAUUGAAACCAAUGCAGCUCUUUACAUUCGUAGAAAACUUAUCACACGUAACUUAACGUAUCCAAAAGUUGGGUCCGACUCAACUUAAGGGAAUACGUGUCUUACGUGAGCCAAUCACAUGCCCAGUAAAACGAUAUAGCGCUAUCUUGUUGUUUCACUUUUAUAGCUAGAUAGGCAACCCAGUCUACAUCCAUGUCUACAUUGCGCGUGCUUGUAUAUUGCGUUCUUUGCGUGUAUUAAGUAAAUGUAAACAGACAACUUAACAGACGUAGGUUUCUUAAGUUAAGUUAAGUUAAGUUACGCAUAUUAAGUGGAUGUGAAUGAGCCUUUACGCAAAACGAGAUUUCAAAUGUUUUGCGAGACUAGACUUUGUAAAAGUUUCGUCUCAUGGGCAUCACUAUUUUUCAGAUAUACCUACGGAAAAUUUAGUUUCGUGUUUUUACAGAUUUAUUAAAAAUAAUGUAAAACAAAUGUUUUUGUUACCAAAUUGAAGGAUUGGUAGAGCAAACACCAACUACAAUUGCAGAGCAGACUUUUAAAACGCAUUCUGUCCAAAAUUUUAAUUUUGUCUCUUUCCUAGUUUUUCUUAGUACAUGGAGAAAUAUGAAACUGAGGAACUGAUAAUAGGUCAAGAGUAGGGUUUUAAAAUUUCCGGAAAAAUUGAGCAUACGAAAAAAAAACAGGUUUUUUUUUUCGAAAAAAAAAGAAAAAUUGACUUUUGCAUUUUUUAAUUUUAUUUAAAGGGUAAUACGAAAAAAAUUAA